AUGUUCCGCAUCGCCACUGCCCUUACGGCCCUCGCCGCCCUGGCCACUGCCGCCCCCGCGCCCCAGAGCUCCCGUGGCAUCACCAGCGGCAGCCUGACAUGGUACACCGAGGGCAUCGGCUCGGCCUUCACCGCCUGCGGCACCAUGAACACCCUCACUGACCACAUCGCCGCCCUCUCAGAAGCUGACUACGGCGUCUACGCAAACCCCAACGAGAGCCCGGUCUGCGGCAAGAAGAUCCGCGUCCACGGGCCCAACGGCAACUCGGUCCUGGCCACGGUCGCCGACCGCUGCGCCGGCUGUGCCACCGGCGACGUCGACGUCACGCCCGUCGUGUUCGCCGAGCUCGGGUACGCCCAGGACAUCGGCCGUGUCGCCGUCUCUUGGAACUUCGAGUAA